AUGGUUGACACUAUCACUGGUUUUGAGAGACUCACAUUCCUCGAUGCGUACUCCAGCUAUAACCAAAUCCCUAUGCAUCCAGAAGAUAAAGAGAAAACUACCUUCAUAACAGAGAAAGGCACCUACUGUUACAGAGUCAUGCCCUUCGGACUUAAGAAUACUAGGGCAACUUACCAACGCCUUAUUAACAAGAUCUUCGACGAGAUGUUGGGGAAGACGGUCGAGGCCUAUAUCAAUGACAUAGUGGUUAAAAGUAAAAAGAAAGAGGAACAUCCCAAGCACCUCCAAGAAGUCUUUGACACUUUGAGAAAGUAUAAUAUGAAGCUGAACCCUUCGAAGUGCUCCUUUGCAGUUUCUUCAGGGCAGUUCCUCGACCAUAUUAUCAACAAAAGGGGAAUCGAGCCCGAUGAGACUCUCAUAAUAUAUUUAGCAAUCUCCAGCAUAGCCACAAAUGUUGUACUGAUCAGAGAAGAAGGAAAUAAUCAGUAUCCAGUCUUCUACACGAGUGAGACAAUGACAGAUGCUGAAACACAGUACAGUAAAGCAAAGAAGAUCAUACUAGCAUUGGUGUACGCAAAGAGAAAGGUGGACGGUUCCUCGAACCUAACUAGUGCUGGGGCCAGAGUCGUUAUCACAACCCCUGGAGGCACCAAGCUGCAGCAAUCAAUCUAUCUGACUUUUCCUGUUACUAACAACGAAGCCGAGUACGAGGCCUUGCUCGCCGGGCUUCGGUUGGCAAAUCAGCUCCAGGUGACAGGCAAAUAUCAACCCAAAGAAGAAAGAAUGAAAGCAUACAAUGAGGCUGUGGAAGAUCAGUUGGCUACCGCAGCGUCUUCUUCAGACGACGAUUUGGUUCGGGUAGUACCAAUUAACAUCUUGGAUGAACCUAGCAUAAGCCCUUUGCAGGAAAUAAUGGUGAUCCUAGAGAUUCCACGAGAGCUAUGCUGGAUAGAUCCGUUGGAAGCUUACCUCAAGCAUGGAACAUUUCCGAACCAGAAAGCUGAGGCGCAGAAACUAAGGCUCACCGCAGCCGAAUACUCUAUCAUCAAUAAUCAAUUGUAUCGGAAGUCAUUCUCAGGUCCAUACCUGAAGUGUUUAAGUUCCACUGAGGCCUUCGUGAUUCUGAAGCAAAUCCAUGAAGGGGACUGUGGUAACCAUUCCAGUAGCAGAUCCUUAACACAUAAGGUCCUCACUCAAGGUUAUUUCUGGCCAUACUUAGCUCGGAAUGCUGAAGAGUAUGCUCGGAGAUACGACAAAUGCCAGUGA